AUGAUGGAAGUUGGAGUGAGUAUGCUGCCACAAAAGAUGUUGAAAUCUAAAAGAAAUGAAUUUAUAAUAUAUUUAAUAAAUUUAAUGAGAAUAUUUAAAUAAGCAUUUGAAAGUAUUCAAGGAAAAAAAGGAGAAGAUGAAAAUAAAUCAGGUUCUAAAGGAUCAUUCUAUAUUGAAGAAUAAUUUAUGACUCCAGAGUUUCUAUAUAAACAAAACCAUAAAGAAGUUUAAUAAGGAACUUAAAAGAAAAUAAAUUUAACGAAAUAAUUUUUUUUAACAAUGUCAACCAUGGAGAAUAAAUUUAAUUUAUCUCCAAUUAAAUAAAUCAAUAUGGUUGAUUAAUUAGUAGGAAUGUAUUAAGAAUGUGUACAAUAAUAUGAUACUUAAAUGGAUCCUAUUAAAUAUUAUUUUUUAGAUAAAAUUAGAAAUAUAGUUUAAUAAGCUGAUAAAUUUACAUAAAGAGAACCAAGAUCAUUGUAAUCUUCAGACAGAAAAAUGUAAUCUAAUUAUAAUAAUUAUUAGUCAAUAACCAAUCUAGAUUAUGAGUAAUGAUGUUUCAUAUUUUAAAGAUUUUGAAGAUUUUAAUGGAAGAAUUGAUAAACCUACAGAAUAUGCUACUCCUAAAAAUGAAGAAUAAUAUCAAUAAAUUGAUAAUAAAAAACUUGUUAUUUAACUUUAAAAUUUUAUUGAAGAAGGUAAUCAUAAUAAAGAAAAUCCAGAUAUUAUUAUGAAGAACCAUGAAUCACCAUAAACUUAAAUUAAUGAAACUAAAUUGCCAUUUAAAUAAGAAGAUUCUUCUUUAAAAAAGAGAUCACCAAAAGUGGAAUUUAGAAAUGAAAAUAAUGAAACACCUAUUCCAAAAUUAUUAUUAAAAGAAGAAUAAUAAACUAAAUAAACUGUAGUUGAAUCAUAAUUAUAAAAUCAAUCUAAAUCAAUUCAAGACAGAUUAUUAGCUAGAUAAAAAAGUUAAAAGAAAAAGGAAAUUUGA